CGAACCGCGGGCGGUUUGCCAUCUUUAAUUCAAAUCAGAUCACAAAAAAGGCGACCGACCGUAUUUCAGCACUUUAUUUUUAAUCCGAUUUUUAUCAAAGUUGGUCGCGGAAAAAAUUAGUUGUUUUCUGAUAGACACUUUAUGUUAGUUUUUCUAUUUGUAUAAAAUAUAUCGAUAAUCUAGCCCCACGAUGGCAGCGAAGAAUGAACGGAUUUACACGAUGGACGAUCUUCCCCAGCUGAUCGAUGGCAUCAGCUCCGAUCACGUAGUCGGUGUCACCCAGUACAUCGUCAACAUGAUGUCCCAUCCGGCCUACGGGCAGGAGUAUCGCUGGAGCAAGGAUGACUUCGAGCUUGGUUGUGCCCUGGGACGGGGUAAGUUCGGCCGGGUUUAUCUAGCCCGGGAACGUCAAACGAAAUUCAUGGUAGCGAUGAAGGUCAUGUUCAAGUCAGAACUGGUCAAAGGAAGGGUCGAGAAGCAAAUGCUGCGGGAAGUUGAAAUUCAGUCCAGAUUAAAACAUCCUCACAUUCUUCGAUUGUACACUUGGUUCCACGACGAUCGUCGAAUCUACCUGGCAUUGGAGUUGGCCUCACAAGGAGAGCUGUACAAACACCUGAAAGCUUCACCACAGGGAAGAUUUAACGAACAACGAUCCGCAAAAUACACGUACCAGGUAGCCGAUGCCCUCAAUUACUGUCACGCCAACAACGUUAUUCAUCGGGAUCUAAAGCCUGAAAACAUUCUGCUGACCGACGACGACAACGUCAAGCUGGCCGACUUCGGUUGGUCUGCGCACACCAAUUCCAACCGACGAAAGACCAUGUGCGGCACACUCGACUAUCUGCCACCGGAAAUGGUUGAGGGCAAAAUCUAUGACGAUUCCGUCGAUCAGUGGUGUCUCGGAAUUCUUUGCUACGAGUUCCUGGUUGGCUUCCCACCGUUCGAAUCGGAAAACACCGAAGCCACCUACGAUAAGAUUCGGCGGCUAAAGGUGGAAUAUCCCCGGUUCAUGAGCGCCGGGGCCAAGGAUUUGAUCUCGAAGCUGCUUCGCAUCCCCAGUAGCUCCCGCAUAACGCUGAUCGAUGUGAUGAAGCAUUCUUGGAUCAAGGAGAACAUGAACAAGUAGGAGCUAGUUUCGAGUUUAUUGAAUUAGGUUCUGUGAGUUUCAUUUUUGGCUUUUAUAUGUUUUCUUAAAUUAUGUAUCCUUUUUUUGUUUCAGUUAUAAGUUUGUGAAUAAAGAUGAUAAUUUUCA